AUGAAAAAUAAAGGAACUCGUGAAGUGUUAAGAGUUUUACAAAAGUUUGUAGCAGAACAUAGCCCAAGUACUUUAACAUCAGACCAAGACAGUGCAUACCUCAGCAACGAAAUCACAGAAUUUCUCAUUAAGCAUAACAUAACUCACUACACUACUGAAGACCAUAACCAUAACAUACUCGGCAUCAUUAACCGCUUCAUAAGGACUCUCAGAGAUUUAAAUCAAGAGCGAGACUUUACCGAAGAAACAAUGAAACACUUUCUCGAAGUAUAUAAUUCCUCAACACAUUCUACAACAGGACAUACACCAAAUUCAAUGACACAACAAGAAGAAAAGUAUAUACAAAAGAAACGAAGUCAAACGCAAAAUAUCAGAAAUUCAACACAAUUUACCCUCAUUCCUGGUACAAAAGUUCGUGUAGUUCUUGACGACAAACCGUUGACAAAGAAACGUUUAAGGUUAAGUCGAAAUUAUUAUAUCGUAGACUCUACGCAAGGUAAUGGAUAUCUUAUAAAAGCUGCUGACGACUCCAUAGCAUUUUACCCUCGUCAUAAAUUAGUCGAAAGUAGUAAUGGCAAACUUGCUGAAACCAUUGACGAAGCAAAGCGAGGAGUGGUUAUUGAAAUACUUAACUACAACAUAAACGAUGACACUUAUAAAGUAAGAUAUGAAGGAGGCGUUGAAGAUGUUAUACCAUCUAAGAACUUGAGAGAGUCGAAGCCAACACAUCUGGGACCAUUAGAGCGGGAGUACUGGAAAGACAAAAAUAUGCCAGAAAGAAUAAGAAAAUUCUUCUAA